AUGGCGAAGAUACGAAGAGACAAGAUUUGGCGGUGGCGUUGUCAAUGGAGUGUGGUGACCCUCGCAGCAAUCGCACUUGUCGUGUACAAUGCAGUUGCCAACAUGUGGCUGCUGAGCCCACAACCCUGUAGCGUGCGGACCACGCCGCCUCCCAGCGAGCUACCAACCUGCGAACCGUGCGUCGAUACGGCUGCAGUUAUGGCUGUCGACGACGAUCCUAUAGCCAGGCUCGACUUACGACUUGGUCGAUGGGACAGCUCUAGAUCGUAUAGGAUGUUCGAUUAUGCCACAGUUGGAGACAUGUAUGCUGAAGCAUCAGCUAAUCACCGUGUGUGCUUAGCGACUCAGAGUUCGAUAGAAAGAUUACACGAAUUACUCAGAGUUGCCGCUCACUGGACAGGACCUAUAUCGGUAGCAGUAUUUGUAGCCGGAGACGAGUUGAGACUUCUGAGGGCAUUCGCCACGUGGUUGUUCCGAUGUCAGCCGGAAGUGUACGCUCGAUUGGCUCUGCACGCCGCUACGCCCGUCGAUAGACCAGGAAUCCAGGGUAAUAUGCCUAAUUGGGCAAAAAACUGUGAAGCAGCUCCAUUGCCUCCGGGAGAAAGAAGAGCGGAUACAGUUGCGUGGAGAGCCCGGCAUCCUUACCCACAGAAUCAUCUCAGAAACUUGGCCAGAAGAAAUUGCCACACACCUUAUGUAUUCCUAGUUGAUGUGGAUAUAGUACCGUCUCGAGGAAUGGGAGAGGCGCUAGACAACUUUCUGGCAACCGCACCUAAGUGCCCUCUGUGUGCGUAUGUCGUACCAACGUAUGAAUUGGACAAACGAGUAGCGCAUUUUCCUGCUAACAAAUCGGAGUUACUUAGGCUAUCGAGAAACAAAUUAGCCAUCCCUUUUCAUAGAAAGGUUUUUAUUUACAACCAGUACGCCUCAAACUUUUCAAGAUGGGAGUCGUCUGGUGGUAACGAAACUCUCGACACUCACAUCAGCCACAACGUGACAAAUUUUGAAUUGUUAUAUGAGCCCUUCUACGUGGCUCCAGACACGGUACCGGCUCAUGAUGAGAGAUUUUUGGGCUACGGUUUCACCAGGAAUACUCAGGUUUACGAGAUGUUCCUGAUCGGAUAUCAAUUCAAAGUACUCUCUCCAAUCUUUACAAUUCACUGGGGCCUACAGGCGCGUAGGACGCGCCCUCUUUGGAGGGAGAAACAGAACGAGAAAAACCGUAAACACUUCGAGACUUUCAAAAGAGAAUUGUACGCGAGGUAUAGGAGGGACCCUCUUCAUUUACUGCGAAGACCUCAGCAGGCGAAAAAAACAUAGGCUUCGCAAGGCCGUGCUUCAAUUGCCGGCCUUGUCGUCAUAAUAGCCAUUGUACUCAGACUUUUCUAACGUUACAUUCUGAUGUUUUGAAUUUGCAGUGUUUUUGGUAUGUUCAAGAACGGAUAAUGGACUCAAUGAAUACAGUGCAGUGACCUAAGGUGACUAUAGUCUGUAAGAAAUUUUAUUUUAAUUUAAAAUAACGUAAAUGUUAUCGAAUAAGUUAUUUAGGUUUAAUUAAUGUACAUAUUUUAGAAUAAAUUUUAACAGGUGAAAAACUUUUUGAACGAAAUAACAAAGUCCAUUCCAAUAGAAUUUGUAAAAAGAGGAAAACUUGGUUGAAAUAACAGUCGAAAAUUUCGAAUAUUUAUUUAUGAAAAAAUAAUACCAGAUACAAUUGUUAGUUAGGGGUGAAUUUCGAGUUCGAGCGUUCCGUGGGUUAUCUAUCCGGGUGCCGAGUGGAACAUGUGACAGAGGUAGAUACUCAGCAUCGAUACUCACCUUUACUGGUU